AUGGGCAGCAGCGCCCGUGCCCUUGUGACGGCUGGCAUUGUGCCAGGGAACUUUGUGGACCCGGCACCUGAUAUUUCUCAUCACCCCAUUUUUUCUCUCUCCCCUUCUGUGUUCCAGAGUUCGUAUCCGAUCUGGGAGGAUUUCAACUCCAAGGCAGCCAAACUCCACUCCCAGCUACGGACGACCGUGCUGGCGGCCGUGGCCUUCCUGGAUGCCUUCCAGAAAGUGGCAGACAUGGCGACUAACACGCGAGGAGCCACCAGAGACAUUGGCUCGGCCCUGACCCGGAUGUGUAUGAGGCAUCGAAGCAUCGAAGCCAAGCUGAGGCACUUUACCAACGCCCUGAUGGAGAGUCUGAUCAAUCCGCUGCAGGACAGGAUAGAGGACUGGAAGAAAACCGCCAACCAGCUGGACAAAGAUCACGCAAAAGAGUACAAACGAGCCCGUCACGAGAUCAAGAAGAAGUCCUCUGACACACUGAAGCUGCAGAAGAAAGCCCGAAAAGAGCUACUGGGGAAGGGCGACCUGCAGCCCCAGCUGGACAACGCCCUCCAGGACGUCAACGACCUGUACCUCCUCCUGGAAGAGACGGAGAAGCAGGCCGUCCGCAAGGCUCUCAUCGAGGAAAGGGGGCGGUUCUGCACCUUCAUCGCAUACCUGCAGCCUGUGGUGAACGGAGAGCUGGCCAUGCUGGGGGAGACGACGCACCUGCAAGGCAUCCUCGACGACCUGGUGGUGCUGACGGCGGACCCUCAUAAACUGCCUUUGGCCAGCGAACAGGUGAUCAAGGACCUGAAAGGCUCCGAUUACAGCUGGUCCUACCAGACGCCCCCGUCCUCCCCCAGCAGCUCCGGCUCCCGCAAGUCCAGCAUGUGCAGCCUGGCGCAGCCCGUCAAUGCCAACACUCGCUUGUCCAGCGUCUCCUCCCACGACUCUGGCUUCAUCUCCCAGGACGCCGUCUUCUCCAAGCCUCCGUCGCCCAUGCCCUCGGACAUCACCAGUCAGAAGUCCUCCAGCUCUGCAUCCUCUGAGGCCUCAGAAACCUGCCAGUCUGUUAGCGAAUGCAACUCCCCAACCUCGGAUUGGUCCAAGGCCAGCCUUUACGAGCCACCGAUGGCGAGCACCCUGCAGCGGCGGAAGGACCGCGUGGAGCACCUGCGAGAGGCCGAGAUCGGCUCCUCCGCCUUGGGCUACCCGGGCCUGGGCUUGGAGGAAGGGGCCCCCCGGCCGCGCAUGUCUCCGGCCUCCAUCGCCGCCAAGCACGGGGAGGAGGUGUCCCCAGCUGCCAGCGACCUGGCCAUGGUGCUGACCCGGGGCCUCAGCCUGGAGCACCAGAAGAGCAGCCGGGACUCCCUGCAGUACUCCAGCGGCUACAGCACCCAGACCACCACGCCCUCUUGCUCCGAGGACACCAUCCCCUCGCAAGGCUCCGACUACGACUGCUAUUCCGUGAACGGCGACAUGGAAGGGGAGAGCCAGAGCGAAUUCGACAAGUCCUCCACCAUCCCCCGCAACAGCAACAUCGCCCAGAAUUACCGCCGCAUGAUCCAGACGAAGCGGCCCGCCUCCACGGCCGGCCUGCCCACCGGUGCCGCCACGCCAGCCAGCACCACGCCAGGGGUGGCCACCAUCCGCCGCACCCCCUCCACCAAGCCCACGGUCCGCCGGACCCUUUCCAACGCCGGCCCUAUUCCCAUCAGGCCUCCCAUCGUCCCGGUCAAGACCCCCACAGUGCCCGACUCGCCUGGCUAUGCGGGCCCCACGCGGGCGGGCAGCGAGGAGUGUGUGUUCUAUACCGACGACGCCUCGCCCGGGGCCCUGGACUUUGCCAAGGCCUCGCCCAAGAGGCUAAGCCUGCCCAACACCAGCUGGGGCAGCCACGUGGCCGAGAUCUCGGUCUAUGCCGGAGCUGGGAGGCCCCUCCCCAGCGAAGAGGAAGAGCAGCAGCUGGCCGCCAACCGGCACAGCCUGGUGGAGAAGAUCGGCGAGCUGGUGGCCAGCGCCCACGCCCUGGGGGAGGGCCAGUUCCCCUUCCCCACCGUCCUGUCUACCCUGGACCCCCCCGGGGAAGAGACGCCCACGCCUCCCCCAGCAGCCUCCAGCGACCCUCCCGCUGAAGACAUGUUGGUCGCCAUCCGGCGUGGGGUGCGCCUUCGCAAGACCAUCACCAACGACAGGUCGGCCCCACGGUUCUUGUGAUGACCGCUGUUGCCCAGCCAGCCGCCUGCCCCAUGCCCGGGCGGCCCUCUGCAAG